AGAAGACAGGGAAGGUGCUGGGGGAGUUCUGCCGGUGCUACAAGGAGCAGUAUGGUGUAGCACUCUUCAACAGUGUCCGCUAUGAGAUCGAGGGCAAUGGGGGGCCACAGGCACAGCUGCUCCACCGCAAGGUCCCACUGGAGGACCAUGUCAUCUACUCAGGCAACAUCUUCCAGUACAUCGAGGAGACCAAGAAGUGGAGGAACCGCUUCUGUGUGGUCCCACACAACUAUGGCUUGGUCCUCUAUGAGAACAAACUGGCCUAUGAGCGGGAGCUGUCGCCUCGUGUGCUGAUCAACAGUGCUGGCUACAAGAUCCUCACCUCUGUGGACCAGUACCUGGAGCUGGUGAACAACAGCCUGCCUGGUGUGAUCCCCAAAUCGGGGCACUCCCCCAUCCUGAAGUGUCCCACGGAUUUCCCCCUCAUCCUGUGGCAUCCCUAUGCCAGGCACUAUUACUUCUGUGUGAUGACAGGCAAAGAGCAGGAGAAGUGGCGCGCGGUGUUCCAGGACUGUGUGCGGCACUGCAACAAUGGGAUCUCUGAGGACUCCAGGGUGGAGGCUCCAGCCUUCACGGAUGCCAUCCGCAUGUACCGGCAGUCCAAGGAGCAGUACGGCACCUGGGACAUGCUGUGUGGCAACGAAACACAGGUCCUGAGCAACCUGGUGAUGGAGGAGCUGCUCCCCGAGCUGAAGACCACCAUCGGCCCCCGGCUGAAGGGCAAAGCUCCGGAGCGCCAGCGGACCUGGAUCCAGAUCUCAGAUGCUGUCUAUAGGAUGGUCUAUGAGCAGACCAACGCGCAGUACGACGCAGCCAUGGCCAGGUGUGAGCAGGAACGGCCCCAGCUGGAGAGCACCAUCCGCACGGACAUGGACCAGAUCAUCACUUCGAAGGAGCACUUGGCCAGCAAGAUCCGAGCGUUCGUCCUGCCCAAGGCAGAGAUCUGUGUCCGUAACCACGUCCAGCCCUACAUCUCCUCCAUCCUGGAGGCCCUGAUGACCCCCACGAGCCAGGGCUUUGCUGAGGCAAGGGAGGUGUUCUUCAAGGAGGUGACAGACAUGAACAUGAACGUUGUCAACGAGGGUGGCCUGGAGAAGCUUGUGGAGUACAUGGAGAAGCUGUCCCACCUGGCCUUCCACCCUGUCAAGAUGCAGUCAUGCUAUGAGAAGAUGGACCAGCUGAAACUGGAGGGUCUUCAGCAGCGAUUCGAUGUCUCCAGCACAUCUGUCUUCAAGCAGAGGGCCCAGAUUCACAUGAGACAGCAAAUGGACGAUGCUGUGUACACCUUCGAGACGCUGCUGCAUCAGGAGCUGGGGAAGCUGCAUGGCAAGGACGACCUGUGCAAGUCCAUCCAGCGCAUCCUUGAGAGGGUGCUCAAGAAAUUCGACUAUGACAGCAGCACUGUGCGGAAGAAGUUCUUCAGGGAGGCCUUGCUGCAGAUCACCAUCGAAUUGGCCAAGUUUCAGGAGCUGAUCUUUGAGGACUUUGCCAGAUUCAUCCUGGUGGAGAAUACCUAUGAGGAGGUGGUGCUGCAGUCAGUGAUGAAAGAUAUCAUGCAAGCUGUGAAGGAAGCAGCCGUGCAGCGCAAGCACAACCUGUACCGUGACAGCAUGGUCAUGCACAACAGUGACCCCAACCUGCACCUCCUGGGUGAGGGUAUCCCCAUCGACUGGGGCGAGGAGUACAGCACACAGCCCGAGGCUGAGCCCGCGGCCGACAAGCGCCGCAGGGCCAAGCAGGUGGUGUCAGUGAUCCAAGAUGAUGAGGGGGUGCUGCCCUACGAACCACAUGGUCCUACUGGGUCGGACUAG